CUUCUCCUCCUUUUCUUUCUGUCAUCAAUUUCUUCUCAUUCACCGCCGCAUUCGCUCGCUCGCUCGUUCAUUCGCUCGCGCUCGCGCGCGCGCGCACAAAGACAUCGUGGCGCUCGCACCGCACUUCAAAUCAUUGGCAAGUUCGCGCCGCGGGUGUCGUCGGCGGCGAUCGUCGUCAUUGCGGAUGUGUGUGAUGACCGAUAGCGACCGAUGAGGGAUCGUGCGCGGGUGAUCUCGCGCGACUCGCAAAGUGGUGCGACGUAGUGACCUACGCGGCCGUUCUCUCGCGGUUCGCUCGCGGCCGCCGAAAUAUCGGCGCAGCUUAGACAGGUGCGCGAGUGACCGCGGCACCCCUCCACUCUUCCCGUGUUAUCACAUCCCCGUCGGCUGCGCGCGACCACCCCGCAAAGGUACUCCAUGACUGCACACCGCGUCGCGACAAGUGGACAGGCUUCGUCGACACCUUGGCUCAUCCGACAUCGCAAACGGUCUUAUGAAGUUACCCGCCACAUUAAAGAUGAGAGAGGAAUCAUCCGGCACACGCUAGUCGACAUACGAUGCACUUGUGAAUUAUCGCCCAUCAUUAUGCAACAGUGAAUUUCUUCGCUUCCGUUGAUACACACACCAAGUGCAGCCGAAAUUGCCUGAGAUCACACCGAGAGAGUUCGCGAAUUCAUGGAAUCGUGAUCAGCUCUCAAGACUUUGAACCGUUUGAACAAGGAAGGUGAGGCGCUUGCCCUUCAAGAUGAUCUCACAACGAACCCCACCCUGGCCUUGAUGCGGCGCAUCCUUGCAGAUGCACAGGCAAAAUUCCGCGUAAUGGUGGAGGAGAACGCAGCGACCGGCGCCCGGCUGGACGGCGAGCUGGAACGCGCUAGGGGCGAGUGCGCCACUCUUCGGGGCGAACUACGCGAUGUUCGUGGCGCUUUGCCGAUUGUACUGAAUAAUAAUAAUGCCGCCAAUGGCAGCGCUAACAGUAACAAUAAUUCCGGUACAGCAACCAAUGUUUCCGGCGGUAACUCGAAUCCCGGCCAGGAAGCCGAGGCUCAGCAGGCGCAACAGGAAGACGGCAAGCGACUUAGCGCCGGUAGCAGUCCGAUCGAAAAGAGAAGCUCGGCUAGUGAUAAAUCCGCCAGUCCCAUCGAGAAACGAACCAGUCCGGUGGACAGAAAAGAUAGAACCAGCCCCAUCGAUCGACGCGCUAGCCCUAUAGAACGAAGAAAUGGCUCGCCCUGUCGAAGUCCAAGCGAAAAGGCUCGCCGACCGUACGCCCCCGCUUUGGAAAAGACACGACUGGGUGGAUCCGGGGGCAGUGUGGAUUCUCGAUCGGGUAGUGCCAGUCCGGAUCGGGGGGGAUCGGCAAAUCGGAGCGGGUUCUUACAUCGCGGUGGCAGCGACCGUUCCAGCGUGGAGCGGCUCCGGAUAUCGACUAACCGCGAUUCCAUGCGAUCUAGCAAGGAGAUGAACGAUCACGAUCAGAAGGAUGCCGAUAAGGAUCUGGUAGACGGCGACGCACGAGGCGACGAGGACAAUGAACCCCCCGGACCGGCACCAGGCAGCAGGCCAUCAUCUCCGGCUAAUUCUCUUGGAAUUGGUGAUCCGGUGGUGGCGUCCAGGCUGUCCAAUAUCCACGGCGGCGGUGGUGCACACGCGGAACUGGCCAGCGCCAGAAGAUUGCGACUGGAGAACGAACGACUGGUGGCGGAGGUCGCGAGGUUGAGGAGGCUGUUACUGAGUGGCGCGGCGCGCGGUGAGGUCGGCGCCGAGGAUGCCGCGAUGGAAGAAGAGGCGCGCUUUGUCGCCCUGGAGAUGGAAUUACAGCACGCGAAGGAGGCACUGCAGGCGUUGAAGGCCGACCGGAAGCGGCUCAAAGCGGAGAAGUUUGAUCUCCUCAAUCAGAUGAAAGCGCUCUACGGCACCCUCGAGGACAAAGAGCGCGAACUCCGCGAUUUUAUACGGAAUUACGAGCAGCGGAUGCGGGAGAAUGAGGCGACCCUGGGACGUCUUCAGCAAGGAGCCGGCAUGCCUUCGGAAGAACGCGAACGGGAGAGGGAAAGGGAACGCUGGAGUCUUCUAAGGGCGGCAAGGGACGAAGCCGAUCGAAGCGUGAGCCUCGCGGCUAGUUUGGCCGAGAAAGAGGUCGCCCUUUCGCACGCACACGCGACCAUAAAAGAGCUGCAACGUCAGCUGGCAGAACGCGGGGGCGGUGCCGGCGGAGUCUGCCUGAGCGACCAGGAGUCCCUGGUAUCGUUUCCGCGAGGCAGCGUGAACGGUGCUGCGACGCCCGGAGCCGGCAGCAGCAGCGGCGGCGGCGGCGGCGGUGGCUGCGGCAUCAUCCCUCACAUGAAUUCCCAACCGCCCUUGGGCGCCACUGAACUCGGCAUGUCCAUGGGUAAUGUGGGUGGCGGGUCGGGUGUAGGAGGAUCCACUGGCGGCCAAGCUGGCGAUCGCGGCAGCUGCAGCGCGGACAGUGGCGUCCGCGGGUCCAGCGAUCGCGAGAGCGGCGGGGCGACCAGCGUCGGCGGAAAUCUCUCGGACUCCACGACGGAUGGCACGCCGACAAUUACGGUCGAGGGCAGCGGUCUCGACAUGGACAGCAUCUCCGUGGUAUCCUCCGUAGCACCACCCCACAUAUACCAAUCCGCAACCACACCGAAAGACUGCAGCCCCACACUGUCGCCAUUGAAUGCAUUCUCAAGGUCUAUGGACAAUUCCUCGCUAUCGCGAUCGGUCGAGCAACUAUCCAGCCCGCUGGAAUCCGAGCCGAGGAGGAACAAGCAGCCACCACCUGUCGUCGCACCUGCCGCGCAUUCGCGAUCGUCCGCCACUCGUGGCGGCACAUGGGGCUCCAUUUCAAGAGUAUUUGCCCGUUCGCGACAUCGGAAGACGGCAAACAGUUCCAGCGGUGGCACCGGCGGGAAUGAGGGCUCAGAUGGCUUUGAUCCAUAUCGAUCGUGGUCACCACUCACCGAGGAGGGUUACGCUGAGAAACUUCGUUUACUCCGAGAAGCAGCAUCCGUACCCAUGGAACGAUGGCGAGCUCCGACCGUUUUAGCCUGGUUAGAGGUGGCUCUCGGGAUGCCACAAUAUGGUCCGCGAUGUGCUGAGAAUGUCAAAUCGGGCAAGGUUCUACUUGAACUAAGCGACGCCGAAUUGGAAGCUGGUUUAGGUGUAACUCAUCCGCUUCAUCGAAAGAAGCUGCGCCUGGCCAUUGAGGAACAUCGGCACCCGAGUCACGUUCGUUACCCCUGUAUCGCUCAACUCGGUCACACCUGGGUAAGUUCCGAGUGGCUGCCGGAUCUCGGCUUGGCCCAAUACUCGGAAAGUUUUGCUACCAAUAUGGUAGACGCACGUAUGCUGGAUCAUCUGAGUAAGAAAGAGCUUGAGAAACUGCUUGGAGUUACGAGGAAGUUUCAUCAGGCCAGUAUCGUUCAUGGUAUUCACUUGCUGCGGAUGCUAAACUAUGAUCGACAGGCUCUCGCUGUCAGGAGACAUCAAUGCGAACAGGUUGAUACGGAUCCUUUGGUCUGGACGAAUCAAAGGUUCAUUCGGUGGGCAAGGAACAUCGAUCUUACAGAAUAUGCCGAGAAUUUGAAAGACUCGGGUGUGCACGGUGCUCUGGUUGUAUUGGAGCCAUCAUUUACUGGUGACACCAUGGCCACCGCCUUGGGUAUACCGCCGGCCAAACACAUGAUUAGACGACACCUUACCGCCGAAUUAGAAGCGCUCGUUCUGCCAGCAAGAAGUCAGCUGGAGGUGGUCCCGAGGAACAGCACCGGGGGUGGUCGUCCGAUGAGCACCGCGAGUGCAGGAGGUAGUCUCGGUCGUGGGAGCAGGGCGUUGCAUCUACAGCAUCAUCAGAGCUCGCUGUCGGCCCUCCACAUGACGGCGAAUCACACCGGCACCGUCGACAGACGCAGAUCUAGCCUCAGGACCUGCAGUCUUCUUUACUUGAAAAAGUUGUCGUGGAGGAGCUCACAGGGAUCCCUGAGCAGGGCUUUCGGUCUCCGGCCUAGAAGCGAGAAGGCAUCGCCGUCGUCGUCCUCAGACACCGGGAGCCUCGCCAGCCAAUGCCAAUACAUGAGCAGCAGCGUCCGCAGCAACUCGCCGCCGCCACCGCAACUUCCACCGCGGCCGAUGUCGACCGGCGGCGGCAAGCGGCACCGACGGGUGAAGAGCAUCGGCGACAUCGAGUACAUAAGCUCGGCCGCGGUCAGCACUCCGGUCUGACAGGAGGGUAGGCCCCAUCACUCGGGGCCUUACCGCAGUCUGAGCGAGCGCGGUUACUCCUCCUCCUCGUACUCCUCGUCCCAGUACGGCUCGUAUUCGGGUUACAGCAACGUCCUGACGGGUGGCGAUCAGUAUCAGCAAUAUCAGCACCAGUCAGGCGGCAAUUACUAUCAGCAGCUGCAGGGCGGUUAUUACUCGCCACAGAGUUCCGGACCUCCCUUCCCGGGCGUGCAGAGAUACGGCAGUCUGGCCGAGGAAGCAUGGUCGUCGUGCUCGACCAAGGGGGACGGUCCCGCGGGAGUUUCCAAAACUAAUCCCAGGACUUACCUAGCUUAGCCCUGCUCGCCGCAACGUUGAAGACUCGCUGAAAGACGUGGACGUGCGUUUGAGAGUGACAUGAUCGUGCGCACCGACAGUGUGCCAAUGUAAUAUUUUUCGAGAGAAAAAUGCAUCCCUGUUGUGUUUGUAAAUCGACCUUUAUCUUUUACCUGUCUCAUUGCACGUGGAUACUCGAUGAUAUAAUUCGAUGAACAGCUUAUGGCAA